GUAGCCAAUUGUUACCGUUAUUUUACUUAAAAGGCGGAGUUUUAUUUACCAGCAGGGUAGUCGUUUUAAUAUACACUGAAGUCCGUUGCGUAUUAACCUCAGUUUUUUAAAGAGAUCAGCCGGAAGCGGUUGUAUGCUGAGGAGUUCGAAGCAACACGAGUACGUGACGGUUUCUUCUACGCUACUUUUUUUUUUUUUUUUCUUUUCCUUUUUCUUCUCCCGCACAGGAAAAGCACUUUGAACAAAUUAUUCACGUAGACGCAUAACAAAAGUUGUAAGCAGUGUAAUGGAGGAUAAGAAGGAGGAAGGGGAAGCGGAGAUCCAGGAACAUGGCCCCGAACACUGGUUCUCGAAGUGGGAGCGACAGUGUUUGGCUGAGGCAGAGCAGGAGGAGCCCGGUGAGGAAGAGGCCGAUCAGAGUCACCAGAAUCUGUGGCACCUCUUCCAGAACUCGGCCACGGCAGUUGCACAGCUCUACAAAGACCGGGUGUGUCAGCAGCAGCAGGGCCUCUCUCUGUGGGUCCCCUUCCAGAAUGCCGCCACCGCUGUCACCAACCUGUACAGAGAGAGUGUGGAGGCACAUCAAAGAAACUACGACCUAGGAAUUCAGAUUGGAUAUCAACGACGCAACAAGGAUGUUUUGGCUUGGGUUAAAAAGCGAAGGAGGACAAUUCGGAGAGAGGACUUGAUCAGCUUCCUGUGUGGCAAAACUCCCCCACCAAGGACUUCAAGAGCACCACCAAAACUGAGUGUAGUCUCCCCCAACCGGGCAUCUUCCACAGAAAGUAGCUCAUCUGUAGAGACUGAUCUGCAGCCGUUCCGAGAAGCCAUAGCCUUGCAUGGUCUGAGUGGAGCAAUGGCAAGCAUAAGUGUUCGUUCCAGUACCCCGGGCUCACCGACUCAUGUUAGCAGCAGCUCCAACACCUGCCGCAGGAGAAACGGACUUCACGACGUGGACUUGAACACUUUCAUAUCAGAAGAAAUGGCACUUCACUUAGAUAAUGGUGGCACGAGGAAGCGGACCUCAUCCCAGUGUGGCGAUGCCAUCACAGACUCCCCUACACACAAACGCAAUCGAAUGAUCUGAACUGAAUUCUCUAAUACAUUGUGCUGCUCAGAAUAAAAAGCCACUUACUCCUCAACACAUCUUUUUCUUCCGUGAUAGGAAAGAGGGCCAUCAAAAAGUUGCAUUUAUUCAGAUAAGUUCAGUACUUAUUGCCAUAAGUCAAAGCAACAUAGCAAUUGCCUCCUGCUAAAAAUAAGUUUGUUUCAGCUCAGAGGAUGUCCGUUAGCACUUUGCAAAAAUAUUAUAGGUUUAACAUUUCCAUUUUCACGUUAUAAGGACGAAGUGACCUUACUAGUACCCCAUUAAAAAGCAUUUAAUAUUUGGUGUUCCUUUGAUUCUAAUCUUAUUGCUGUAUCUUUUGCUGAUCUAUAUAUGCCUAGGCACAUGUACCAGUUGGGCUUAAUUUUCCGAUUUGUUAGCAUUUUUAUUAGACAUGCAGCCUUCCAUUCUUUUUGUUUUCCUUUUACAGUGCUGGGUCCUGUAAAAUGCCAGUAAUGUAACAGUAUUGGGUUUAAAUUUCUUUCUUUAAAGCAGUUGCUACUUCUGAUGUUCUGUGUGACAUAGUUUAAAAGGUGCUAUCAUGGUUAUGCACUUAGCACUCUGCAAGCAGUAAUCUGUUGGAUUCAGCUGUUUUAAUGUUCCAAAGUAAUAUCAGAUGUUUUCCUUUAUGAGAAGUCUCAGAAGUAUCAUUGUCAGUAGUCUGAUAAUCUAAUGUGUAUAUAUACAUUUAGGUGCUCGUAUAAUAUGUGGUACAUAUUGUAAAAAAAAAAAAAAAAAGUGCAAACCAUUGAAUAGUUUAAUGUACAGUAAUGAUUCUUGAAUUAAACAAAGUUUAACUAUGUUGCCUUCAA